AUGAAACAAAUUGGCAACAUAGUUCUAUUCGUUUUCGUUAUAUUUAUUGAUGUAUCAUUAUCUGCAAAGAACUCUCGUAAAGAUUCGGUUGUAUCUGAAGAAGAUGCAGUAGCUUGGCUUAAUAAAUAUGGUUAUAAUCCAUGUUUAAAUUCAGCCGUUCAAUGUAGUUUAAGUUUUCCAAGUUUAAUGGAGGAAUAUCAAAAACGUUAUCGAUUAAAAGUAACUGGCAAGUUGGAUGAUGCAACCAAAAAACAAAUGAAUCGGCCGCGCUGUGGUAUUGCUGAUAAGCCAGCUACUUUAAAUGCUGCCGCUAUAACAACAUUGAAAUGGUCACAGUCGUCAUUAACAUAUUCACUUCGUGGUUUUCCAACGCAGUUAAGUCAAACACAAACAACAAAUAUUAUACGUGAAGCAUUUCAAGCUUGGACUGAUCAUGUUCCUUUGAGAAUUGAACCAGUUUGUUCAACAUGUUCAGCAAAUUUUACUAUCAACUUUUUCCGUGAACAACAUUCAGAUGCGCAUGCAUUCGAUGGACCUGGUGGAACAUUGGCGCAUGCAUUUUUUCCCGAAGACGGCCGGGUACAUUUCGAUAAAGACGAAGCAUGGACAGAAAGUUUCAAUGAUGAUCGAAUAAAUUUAUAUCUGGUAGCCGUACAUGAAAUUGGUCAUGCACUCGGCUUAGAUCAUACAUACAAUCAAGACUCAAUCAUGUUUCCAUCUUAUCAACUAAUGGAAAAAUCGAAUAUUAUUCCACGACCUGAUCGGGAUGCAAUUCAAGGCCUAUACGGUAAAAAACAGUCCUCAUCUGGCACUACAACUACCAGGCCAACAGCAACUUCUGCAAAAUCAACAACAACAACAACAACAACAACUAGAAGAGUUACUGCUACUACUAGGAAAAGUUCUACUACAAUUGAUACUGACACAACACACCCUCGUUGUCGAAUGACUCUCGAUGCUGCUUUAGAUCAUCCAGACGGUACAUUAUACACAUUCAAUGCUGGUAUAAUUUGGCGUUAUUUACCAAAUGAAGGUACAUGGGACAAUCGAACGACAUCAUACGAACAAAACUUUCCGAAGCUACCAAGACAAAUAACAGGAGCUGUACACGAUAGGCGGAAGGAUGAAUUCACAUUUUUUACCAAUAAAGCUGCUUAUAGUUAUGGUACUGGUUCUCAAAGUCGUGCAGUAUAUCGAAACGAAAAAAGUCUUCCAAGAAAUUUGUAUAGCUCCAUUGUUGGUGCUAUCUAUUAUCAUAGUGAAGUUCAUGUUGUAACAUCAAAAGCAAUACGUGUGUUUCGAGUUGAUAAUGGUUAUCAACUAGCUAAUCAACGAGAACUACAUGAUGAAUUUCCAGGUUUUACUGGUACAGUUACAAAAGCAUUUACCUAUGGAAAUCUACAUCAUUUUUUUACAACUGAUCGACUUGUUUAUGUUUGGAGUGAACGAUUAAAUUCUUGGAAAACAUUUAAAAAACCUAUGGAAACAAAUUGGUUCGCCUGUUUAGCUGCUAAAACAAGGAGUUCAUCAGCUUCUCAAGAAGAUGAACAAGUUCCAAGACAUAAUUAUCGAAAUCCUGUCCAUCAUCAUCAAAGCCAUCACCGAAAUCAUCAUCGUCACCAGCAUAAUUAG